AUGAACCAAGAUUUUCAAUCUCAAGAAAAUUAUAACAAAGGACGAUGGAAUUCUGAGGAGAAAAAGAAGUUUGAAGAAGCCCUUAAUUUAUAUGGGAAAGACUGAAAUAAGAUUCAAAAUCACAUCGCCACAAGGACGCUGGUACAGGUAAGAUCCCAUGCUCAAAAAUAUUUCAGGACUGUAGAAAGGCCUCAUGAGCCAAAAAUGCCACAACUCUUCAGGCUGAAAGACUCAGAAAACAUAUUCGAAGAAUAUGCUGCACAAAUGGAGCAAUUUAAGCAAAUAUGGGAAUUGAAUAACCAAGUUUUAUAUCAGACUGUGCCUGAUCAAUUUUAUGGCUUUUACCCAAAUGUGAUUUUGCCUCAGAAAAGUGAGGAAUUGAGGAGUUGUAAUAUGGGACCGUGCAAAAAGCUCAAACUUGAUUAUUGUGAGUAG